AUGGAAAUAAAAGGAGAAAAAGAAGAUAGAAAAAAGGAAAAUGAAAAGAAUGAUCAAGAUGUAUUACAUAAUAAGAUGAACAAUCCUAAGGAGAAACAUGAGAAAUUUCAGAAACAUUUUUAUUUUAAUGAAUCGUAUGAAAAUAAGAAUUCCGAUACAAAUUCCAAUAUUAUGAGUAACACAUAUGAAAAUAUGUAUGAAGAUUUUUCAUCGAAUUAUGAUGAUAGUGCAUGUAAAUCUAAUGAUGAUUUAACUGAAUUUUAUUUAUACAAUGAAAUUAAUAAUCAUAAAUAUAAUAAUAAUUUAUAUGACUUUUAUUUAAGUAAGUUUAAUAAAAAUGCUGAGGAAAAGCAAAGGUUGAAAAACGCCAAAAUUCAUUUUAUGGACAAACUAAGUUAUUUGAAAAAAAAAGAAAAGAAAAACAAAGAUGAUCAUAAUAAUAACACAAUGAAUAAUAAAAGUAAUAGUAAACAUAAUUACAGUGGAAAUAAUAAUAAUAAUAAUAAUAGUUGUAUAUACCUAGAUAAAGAAAAAAUAUAUAAUAUUGAAAAAGAUGAGGUAAAUCCUGAUGAAUUUGAAUACGAUAAAAUACAAAGCGAAAGAAGUAAAAAAAAUAAUCCUAGUGAAAACGUCUCUUAUAUAAAUAUUUCUCAAAAGGAAGAUCAAAAUACUGUGUGUUUUGACUUUAAUUUAUCAAACUUAAAAAAUGAUCAAAAAAAAAAAAAAGAGAUUAAUGGUUAUUCAUAUUAUUUUAAGAACAAAUAUGAUACAGAUGAAAAUGUGACUGAAAAAAAAACUAAAUUUUUAAAGAAUAAUGGAUAUAACUUGAAAUUAAAUAAUGAUAUAUUGAGUAUGGAUAAAAAUGAAAAUUAUAAUAAUAAGAAAAGUAAUACUUUUAAGAAUAAUAAUAUGAAUAAUAAUUAUAUUAACGAAAAUAAUAAAAAUAAUAUUAAGAAUAAUAAUAUUAAUAAUAUAUUUAUUAAUACAUUAAUAAAUAAGUGCGAUUAUACCAUCACUUGUUAUAUGUAUAAAAAGGCAAAUGCUACACAUAUAUAUAGAAAGAAAAUAUUAUUAUUAAAGAAGAACUUUUUAAUUAUUAAUAAAUAUAAACAAAAUAUGAAUAAUAUGGAUAAACUCGUGUACAGUGAUAUUUUUGAUAUAUCUUAUUCUAGAUAUAGUAAUAUAUGUAAAACUUCAAAUAAUAUAUAUAAGUUCAGUUUGUACGCAAGAAGAGUAUGUAGAAAUAAUAGUAGCAAUAAUAAUAAUAACAAUAAUAAUAAUAAUAAUAAUAAUAAUAAUAAUAAUAAUAAUAAUAAUAACAGCAAUAUUAAUAUUAACAGCAAUAAUAAUAAUAACAGCAACAAUAAUAAUAACAACAAUAUUAAUAUUAACAGCAAUAAUAAUAAUAACAGCAAUAAUAAUAAUAACAGCAACAAUAAUAACAGCAAUAAUAAUAAUAAUAAAAGCAAUUAUAAUAACAGCAGCAACAACAAUAGGAACAAUCAUAAUUAUAAUUAUGAUAAUAAUAAUAAUUAUGAUAAUAAUUAUAAUAUCAGCAAGAAUUAUAAUAAUAAUAGUUCCAGUUCAGAUAAUAGUAAUUUUUUCUGCUUAAAAAAAAUGAAGAAGAAAAAAAAAAGUAAUUACUAUAAAAUAUCCAAUGAUGGAUAUAAUUACAAUGAUGAAUAUAUAAGAUUAGCACAUCAUAAUGUGAAUGUUAUUAUUGAAUUAAUAAAUUUAAUGAAAAUUAUUUCUGUGUAUGGAUCUAUAAAAAAAUAUAUGAAAAUAUUAUUUUUGAAAUUUACAAAAAAUGUGUUUUUAAGAAAUUAUGAAAUUUGUAAUUCAUCACCAAAUUAUUUAGCAUUUCUUAAAAAUUAUUAUAAAUCCAUGAAUAGAGGAUUGUAUAAUUAUAUAUAUGUUAAUAUAUUAAAGAUUAAGAAUUUAGAGCAUAUAAAAUAUAAUUAUAUAUAUGCUAUAAUUGAUGUAGAUGAAUUUAUGUAUUAUUAUAAAUAUGAGCAUAAUAGGGAUAUGUUUAUACCACUAUUUUCAGAUAGACAGAAUAAAAUUAUUUUCUAUUUCUAUACAGAUACUAAUUUGUAUUUAGGUAAUUUUGUAUUUAAUAGUUAUGAAAUUGAAAAGCAUAUAGAUUUUGAUAUUGAUGAAAUAGAUGAGAUAAAUGACUUACAUCAUAGAUCUAAUUUGUUGUUAUACAAAGGUAAAAUGGUUGAUAAUAUGAAUGGAAAUAAAAAUAAUGAUGAUAAUGAUAAUAAUGAUGAUAAUGAUGAUAAUGAUGAUAAUGAUGAUAAUGAUGAUAAUGAUGAUGAGGUUAAUGAUGUUGAUAUUGAGGAUGAAAAUGAAAAUAAUAAUAAUAAUAAUAAUAAUAAUAAAAAUCAUCAUAAUAAUAAUAAUAAUAUUCAUAACAAUAAUGUUGAUAAUAAUGAUAGUUUUAACGGAAUAAAUAAUAGUCAGAAUAACAAUAAUAGUUAUAAUAAUCAUGAUUAUGGUAAUAAUAAUAUAAGUGAAGAAUAUGAACAGUUAGACCAUAGUUCCACAUCUUCUAAUAAAACCGAGAAUUUAUUCAGCUCACUUGAUAAAGUUCAUAAGGACAAAAUACCAAAUGAUAAUUCUUUAUUAAAUCAAAGGAAUAUAUUUUUUGAUAGGAAUUAUUUUUUUGUAAAGAAAUUAUAUAAUGAUCAAAAAAAGAAUAUUCAAAAGAGUAGUAAAUAUAUAUCCCAAUUAAAUGAUAAUAAUAUUAUCCAUAUCCAUAUAUAUAUAUAUAAAAGUAAAAAUAGAUUUGAAUAUUUAUUACCAACUCAAAAAAAAACUAAUUUGUUAUGUAAUGAUGAUCAUUUAUCUUUAACGAAUAAUAAUUUAAAUAAUAAUUAUCAAUUAAUAAAUUUAUUUUUAAAUAAUUUUAAGAAAACUAUGCAAAUAAAAUAUCGAUUUAAAGCAAUAAUAGGAAAAAUAAAUAGUAUUUUUGAAUUUCAGAAUUUCUUAUUUUCCAUUUUUUCUAUUUUCUAUAUAUUAUUAUGUUGUUAUUAUAAGAAUUUUAUACAUUUUAUAAUAUCAUUUACUAUAAUAUUUUUUAUAUGUAUAAAUAAUGAAAAAAAUUAUGAAUCUUAUAGGAAAAUUUUAUAUGAAUUUCCAAUAUUAUAUUUAUUUUUCCCAAAUAAAUUAUUAUGUAAAAUAUCAAAGAAAUCCAAUUUAUAUCAUUUACACACAUUUUUACAUAUUUUUUUAUUAAACAGAUUUCCUUACUUUUUCCAAUAUUUAUAUAAGAACCACAAAUGUAAGUGUUUAUAUUUUUUUGCAUAUGCUCCAACAUAUUUGGGAAAAUAUUACAACCAUUAUUUUCUAUCACCACCUCAGGAAAAGGAAUUAAAUAAUAGCAAAAUAUCCAUGUCUUUUAAUAUUCCUAAAGUUAGCGAUCAUAAAAAGAAAACACAUGCACAACAAUUAUGCAAUAAUCAAAAGUUAUUACCAAAGAGUACCGUUUAUAAUGUUAUCGAAAAGAUAGAUAAUAAUCAUUUAAUGAUUAGUAGUUUAGAUGAAAAUAUAAAAAGAAGGAACAUUAUGAAAGAUGAAUGUUAUAAUAAUAAAUUGGUGUGUACAAAAAUGUCUGAUGGUAUUAAUAAGAAAUGUCUUUAUCGUUAUGAAAAGGUGUUAAAUGGAAGUAUCGAAUCGAAUUUAUUAAAUAAAAAUGAUGAAAAUGAAGAUGGUAAUUUUGCAUUUAUUAAUAAAAAUAGUAGCAAUAAUGAUAAUAAUGAUGAUAAUAAUGAUGAUAAUAAUAAUGAUAAUAAUAAUGAUAAUAAUAAUGAUAAUAAUAAUAAUUAUAAUAAUAAUAGUAAUAAUAAUAAUAAUAAUAAUAUUAAGUGUGCUAAUUACGACAAUGAUGAAAAAUAUAACAGUGUAUUACUAAAUAAUCAAGCUGGGCAAAACGAUGGGACAAAUAUUUAUAUAGUAAAUAAUAAUAAAAAAUGUGAAGAGAAUAUGAAUAAUAAUAAUGGUUCAGAUAAAUGUUAUGAUAUAGUAAAUGAAUAUAUGUUGAAAAAUUUUAAAUUUGAAGGAAAAUAUGAAAAUUCUAGUAAUAUAUAUGAUGUAAAAAAUGGAAGUGAUUAUGUUGAAAUGUUUAAUAAAAAUUUAUGUGAUAAAGAUGAUCAUGAUAGAGUUUUAAUUAAUAAUAAUAAGAAUAAUAGGAUAAAUGAAUAUCAAAAAGAACAUUCUAAUGAUAUACCAAAUGAUAUCUCCAAAAAUAAGGAAUUUGUUAUUAUGAAUCAUAAUAAGGAGAGUGAAAAAUUAGAGGAAAAUUAUAAUUUAGUGCCUUCUUCACAACAACACUGUUCAGAAAACAAAAAAUAUAUAUCUUCCAUUAAUAAUAAAUAUAAUGCCCCUAUAAAUGAUUGUCGAUUGAAAAGAAGUUUCUCUGAUGUGAGGAAUGUUAUAGAGGAUGAUAUAAUAAAAGAAGAAAGAAAUAUUUUUAGUGAUACUGAUAAAAUUAAAAGUAUUUGUUGUAAUAUGGAUUAUAAGAAAUUAUCAGAGGAUAUGGAGUAUUGUUAUUGUGGAAAUAAUAUGAAUAAUACAUAUAUAGAAAAAUGUUCCGUUUUAUAUGAUGAUAAAAUAGUUGGGCGUAACUCAGAACAUGUUAUAGGUAAUCAUUUAGGUCUUAACGAUAUUAUACUAAUGGAUUUAGAAAUAAAAAUUAUGAAUAAUAUGAAGCGCAAUUAUUAUGAUUCAAUGAAUGAUUUAGGAAAUAUAAAAAGUGUAGAAGAUGAUAAAGUAGUAGAUGAUGAGAACAAUAAAAGAAAAUUGAAUAAUAAAGAAUUUUCUUUUGAAAUUAAUAAUGAAAAAUAUCAUUUGGAUUUAGAUACAUAUGAAAAUGAACAAAUUAGGUUAUCUAAAUUUUAUGAUGAUAAUAAUAUAUUAACCUAUAAAAAUAAUUAUAAUGGAUAUAUGCAUAUGAAUAAUAAGAAAAAUAGAUAUUCUUCGUGUAAUUAUCCAACGAACCAUACAUAUAAAAGUUAUUCCUUUCGUUGUGAUACACUUAAUUGUGAUACGAAGUAUUCAUUUUAUAGUUUUAUUGAAUACUUUCCAAAAUAUUUCUAUACAUAUAUAGAAAUGUUAUAUAUAAAUAUAAUACUUAUCUUUAUGUAUAUAUACUGUUUUUUUAUAAUAACUGUUCAUGGUGGGCUAGAAAAUGAUCUCCCUUUAUAUUUUUAUUUCUUAAAUAAAAAAAAGAAAAGGUGCAAAAAAUCUAAACCAAAAGAAAAUAAAAAUUAUUCUUAUGAAAACAAACAAGACGAGGUUAUUAAAGAAGAAAUCAAAAGAAAAAAGAAUGAAGAAAAAAAGAAAAAUUACAAAUCCAAUUUUUUAUUUAAAUCUAAGCGAUUUUUUAACACAUGGAAGGAGAAAGGAAAAUGGUAUACUAAAAAUAUUAAAAUUAAUUUAAGCAGAAAUAUGUCAGAUGAUUCAAGUUCUUUAAAAAAUGAGGAUAUUUAUGAAAAUGUUGAUAACUAUAUUGACAAUCAGAAUGUUAUUAAAAUGGAAGAAUAUGAUAUUAAAAAUAUAGAACAAGGUAAUAAUAAUAUAAAUAAGAAUUAUAAUAUGGUAAGUUAUACUUCUUUUAAAGAAAUUAGUUUAAUACCUACAUAUUCAAAAGAAAAAGUUGAACAACAUGAAAUUAACAAAAUGGAAGCAACAAUUGAAGAUGCAAAUAUUUGUUUGAAAAGUAGUAAUGUAGAGAACAACGAUCAUGAUGAUGAUGAUAAUGAUGAUGAUGAUCAUGAUAAUGAUCAUAAUAAAGUUUUUGAGACUUCAUUAAUUGAUUCGAAAAUGAAUUUAUCUUUCAUUGAAUUGAAAGAUUUGAAAACACAAAAGAACAACUUACAAUAUGAUAACCAUAAUAAUAAUAAUAAUAACAAUAUUGGAAGAAAAAAUUCUUCGUUAAAUAUUCAAGACGUUGAAGCAAAUAACAAAUUAAUUUAUAAAAUUAACGAUUCUCAUAGUGUAAAGUUAAAUACAUGUAGAUCACUUCCAAUCGGGUCGUUAAACGAACUAAAGGCAUAUAAAUCCCUUUCAUAUCAUGAUGAGGUAAAGGAUGAAAAGACAACAGAUAUAAAUGAAAUGAAUCUUACAAAUAAAGAAAAAAAUACUGGAACGAAAGAAAAUGAGGAACAUAAGAAGGGUUAUAUGAAAUUAUUUGACAAACUAAAAGAUAUUAAAGAAGAAAAAAUGAAUCAAUUGAAAAAUAUGUACAAAUCUGAUAAGAAUCCUCAACUUCUUAGAAGAGGUUUAGGUCUUUUAAGAAAUCAUCUAAAUAACGAUAACCAUACAAGGAUUAGUAGGAAAGCAAAAAAUUCUUAUGAACAUGCUAUUAAUAAUUAUGAAAAAGGAAAUAAAUUAAAGAAAAAGAUGUUUAAAAUAAAAAAAAAAUAUAUAUAUGGUAGUUCUAUAAAUAACAACGAAUCAUCUAUUUGUAAAGAUUCAUAUAUAUCUGAUCCAUUUGUAAAUACAAAAGAAUCAAUGGAUGUAAUAAAAAAAAGAAAAGAAAAAAUGAAUUGCAUGAAAUAUAUGAAUGAAGUAAAUAGUUAUGAAAAUAAUACCGAAUCCUUUUUUAAAAAACAUUUAAAUAGGAGAAAUAAAAAUAAAAAUCUUUUAAUAAAUGAAAAUUUGUUAGAUAGGAGUGUUGCUUCGAGUAGUUCAACAUAUAAAGAUAAUGUAUUUGAAAUAAAGAAAAAUGAUAAGAAUAAUAUAUUUUAUAAUGUAUAUAAAAAUUCUGAAUUAGAUAUUGACCGAAGUAGUUUUAAUACAGAUGAUUUAUCACUUUUUCAAGAAAAAAAAAUGUUAUGCAAUAUAUCUUUUAAUUCUAAGAGGAAAGAAUUAAGAGACAAAAUUAUUUCAUAUAUGAGAAAUAGAACAAAUAAAGAACAGAAGAAUAAAUAUUCAGAAAUGGAACCAAAGAAGAGUGUUGGUGCAAGUACAUUAAAUGAUGAAGGAAUUAUAAAUUUAAGAUAUCCAAGAGAUAUUAUAUAUUCAAAGGGUAAUAAUAAUUUCACACAUUUAAAAUACGAAAAAGAUGUCGCUUAUUUAUAUGAUGAUAAAUGUGUUAAUAAAAUUAAUGAUGAGAAAGAAAAUUUAAGUUUAUGUGAUCAUAAUGAAUAUACAAAUUAUUGUGAUAAUGUAGAUUUCACAAAAUUAUCUGAUAAUCAAGAGGACUUAACAUUAAAUGAAUACAAUAAUAUUAUAAAAGUAAGUCAGGAUAAAAUAAUGGAUAAAAUUGAUGAUAAUAAUGAAAUAAUUGAUAUACAUACGAAUAAGAAAAAUUAUUUUAUGAAAGCGAAUGUAUCCUUUACAAUAUCCCACAGAAUAAUUAAAAGAAAAUAUAAUUACCGCAAAAUGAAUGGCAUAGGAUAUUACAGUGAAUACGACAUGCGUAGAGUUAUAAGAAAUAGGAUGAAGAAAAGCAAAAAAAAAUUCUUUCAUUCAAAUAGUAUAUUAAAAAUAUUAGAACAUACUGAUGAAGAAGAUGUAACAAUAGAAAAGGAUGUUAAUAAUAGAAUUAGUAGUUUUUAUUCCAUAAAAAAUGAUAAACAAAUUGAGUACUGUUUAAUUGACAAAUCAGUGGAAAAGGAAACAAAAAAUAUAACAUUAGAAGAGAAAGAAAACAUGAAAGAUAUUAAUAAUGAAAAAAUAAGUGACAUAAAAAAAGAAGUGAUCGAUAUAAGAAAGGAUAAACAAGAUAUACCAACCACCUUAUGUAUAAAAGAAAAAAAUAUAUUAAGUGAAGAUAUGCAAGAAAAUUUUUUAAAAGAAAAAACAAGUGAACAAUUUUCAAACCAAUUAAAGGCAGAAAAUAAUGUGCAAUACUCACUUGAAGGGGAAAAAAAAAAAACACAAGAAGAAUUAAAAGGUGAUGAACAAGAGAAGCAUGAUAAUAUGAAUGAAGAAGAACAUAACAAUUUAUUCUCGAUGAAAAAAAAUAAUUUAUUCCUUAGUAUGAAAGAAAAAUUUUUAAAAUUAAAAAAUAUGAAUAAAAAUAAUUUUGCUUUUAAGGAUAAAUUAAAACGAUUAUCAUUAAAUAAAAACAAAGCAAAAACAAAUAAUGAAUUUGAUCAAGGAAAAAAAAAAAACGCUGAUUAUUUUUACAAUAUAGGUGAACUGAUAGAAGAAAAAUGUAUAAAUAAAUUAAAAAGGAAUAUAUUAUUUAGAAAUUUAUUAGAAAAAAAUAAUGAUAUGUUAGAUAAUCAGUUUGAAGAAAAUAAAAUUGCAAAUACUUCAAAUUAUAAGGAUAAUAAACUAUAUUAUAAUAGAAAACAAAAUGAGUAUAAUAAUAAAUCAUAUAGUAAUAUAAAGAACAAAAUGUAUAUGUUAAAAAAAAGUUCUACACGCACAUGUAAAAUUUUUCAUAGUAAUAUUAAAAGUAAUCAAAUUAUUUAUAACGAAUUUGAUAAAAGAAAUAUAUUCAACAAUAAUAAUACAUUCCUUAGCAAAGAAUUUAAUUAUAUUAAUAAAUCUAUACUUUUAAGACAUUCUAAUUUAAGACGAAAUUUAUUUAGUAAUAGUAGUUAUAAAAGUAAACUAGAAUUAAUAAGUGACAUUACAUUUCAUAGUCAUAAAAAAAAAAAAAGAAGACAAAAACAUAUUAUAACAACUAUGGUAAAUAAUUAUUAUAAAAUGUUAUUAAAUAAGAAGGAUUAUUAUAAUUCUAUAGCAAAAAAUAAUAUAUUGGACAUAUUAUAUUAUUUAUUAUUAACCAAUUGUGUUAAUUUUCUUUUAAUAUUUACCAUAACAUAUUUAUAUAUGAACAAGAUAUAUUAUAUUUAUAUGUAUUCAAAACAUGUGCAUUUAAAAGAAAUGAAAAAGGAAAAGAAAAGAAAUGUUGAUUUUAAUCAUAUUGUACGUAUUAUAUAUAACAAGAAUGUAUUUUCUUCAAAUGCCUAUACCUUAAAUAUUAGUAAGAAUAAAAACAUAUAUUUAAAAAAAAAUAUAUUUAAACAAAUAUUUGUUCAGAAUAAAAAGUCUAAUAUAAAUAAAAAUAAUGAGAAAUAUGUAGAGAAUGAUGUGUCAUCAGACACUCUACAAAUGGAACCAGAUGAAUUAAAAUAUAAUUUUUCUCCAAGUAAAUAUGACGAAAUAAAGGAUAAAAAAAAUAUUCUCACAAUAUAUAAAAGUGCUAAAACGCAUAUUAAAAGUUUUAUGUCAAAACAUAUGAUACUUAACAACUUCUUGGAGAAGUUUCUUAACCUUUUCAACUAUAAAAAUUUAAAUUUAACCAAGAUCGUUAUUGCCAUUUUUGCUUAUUUUGCAAUCAUAUUGUUUCCUAUAAAAUUUCAUCAUUUGGUUAUUUUAAAGUUGCUACAUUGGUAUUACAAGGGAUACUUGAGGAGAUAUUACAAAAAUGUUAUUUUAUAUAGCAUUUUGGAGAAUAUAAAAAAUAUUAAAAAGAAUUUAAAAUUGUAUAAGCCUAUAUGCUCUUUAAAUGAGGAUGAAUAUUAUGCUUUAAUUGAAGAAAUUAAUAAAACCUGUAACCAAUGUUUAAAUUUAUCUCAAUUUAAAGAUAUAAAUGAUGAGUAUGAUUUAGCUAAUGUUAUAAUGAAAAAUUUGAAAGAAUUUUCGGAAAUAAAAAAAAUUAUAAGGCACGAAUGGUACUACAAUCUCUUAAACAAUUCUCCGCAUGAUAAUACAAAUAUUAUAAGUCAACGAAAUAAUAUUACCAUAUAUUAA